CCCCCGACGCCGGACGCGAGCACGCCGGAGGUUUGCAGCGGCGGCGGCGCAGCGGCAGCUUCUGCAGUUUCGGCGGCGGCGGGCACGGGGAGCGCGAGCGUACGUGCGUGCGUGCGUCCGUCCGUCCGUCCGUCCGUCAGUCAGUCACUGAGUACGGUGGUCGGGCGGUCAGUCAGUCAGUCAGAGAGGGGAAGGCGGGGCCAGAAGAAAGCGGCGGCGACUGCGGCCCAAGCGGCAGCGGACAGCUCCCGCCCCUCCUCCCCCGGGGCCCUCGGCCGGGCUAUGGAGGCGGCGGAGGCGGUGGCGGGAGCGGAAGCCGCGUCCCCGACCGGAGGCCCGGCCGCCCCGGAGCCCGAGGCCGCCUCACAAAAUGGCGGAGGCGGCGGCGGCGGGGACGCGGCGGCCGCGGGCCGGGCCCGGGCCCGCGGCCUGGGCCUGAGCCUGGGUCUGGGGCUCGGCCGCGUCCUGGGCUCAGAGCCUGAGGCAGGCGGCGGGGCGGCCACAGCGGCGGCGGCGGUGACAGCGGCCCUGGCCCGCGGUCCCGACGAGCUGCCCGUUAGGAGGAACUUCCAGAUCCCACGGAAGAGCCGCGAAAAGAAAGCACUUUUUCAGCCAGUAACUACAGGCACCCGAGAGUUUGAAGAUAUUCUAAAAGUUCUACACACAUCCUACCUUGAGCCAGGAUCAGUGGCUAAUUUUAACUACAGACGAGCUAGUUUGGUUCAUAAUGAACUUUUGGAGAAGGAGUUCACAGAGAAACGGAGAGAACUGAGAUUUGAUGGUCGUUCAGAUAAAGAACUUGCAGAAUCUUAUGCAUUUUUGAUGGUUGAUCGACCUCAGGUACAAGGCAUAUGUGAAAAAGGCUUACAGGUGGGCCAGUCCAAAAUACAAAUUCUUGGCAGCCCUUCCAUGGGUAUCUAUCUUUCCAGGUAUGCAGAUUUAUUACAAGCUAAUCCUUUGGAAGCAGGGGCAACGGGUGAUGUUAUUAUUUUUAAAAUAAUAAAGGGGAAAAUGAAAAGUAUAUAUGAUCCCAUGGGUGUAAAAAAUACAGACUCAACAGUGAAUAAAAGUUCUUUGGAUCCAACACCAAAACAUGAGUGUCAUGUGUCAAAGAAUGCGAAUAGAAUUACUUCACUGUUGGCUUACAGGGCCUUUGAGCUUACUCAGUAUUAUUUUUAUGAAUAUGGCUUUGAUGAGCUAAGGCGACGACCAAGACAUGUGUGUCCUUAUGCUGUUGUAUCUUUUGCUUAUAAAGAUGAUGUACCAGCUCCAAAAUUUUUAACUACAUCGAGAAGUAACAGCUUUAAUGUAGAGAGGACCACAGAUAAAACUGAUUACACCUUGUGGAAAGGAGAGCUUUUAAACAAAGGAAAACUUCUGUGUUGUGCUUACUUGAAGUCGGCUACUCUUCCUUUCCUUCCCUUCAAACUUCCUGAGAAGUUAGAUGUCGAAACUGUUAUGAGCAUUGACCACCUGAAGCAGAAAAUUCCUCCAGCCCUUUUUUAUAAGGAAACAUACUUAGGUGCAAAGGAAGUCUUGAAGAAUGGAAUGUAUUGCAGCCUUUAUGAAGUUAUAGAAAAGACAAGAACUGGAAGUAACUUGGAGAGUUUAAUACAAAGACUAGAGCGAGAAAAACUAGUUCUUGUUAAGCCUUUAGGAGACCGAGGAUACCUUUUCCUUCUUUCUCCUUGGCAAAUGGCUUCACCAUAUGAGCAUCAGACUGCCAAGACAAGAGUCCUCCAUGCCCUGUUUCUGUUUCAGGAGCCAAGAGGAGUAGUGAGCUCACAGAAAGCGUUACCUAAAGUAGUAACACAGGAACGUCCUGAGACCACACUUGAGAGCAUACCAGGAAUCACGAAAUUAAUUACAUCCAUACAUUAUGCCUUAGUUCAGUGUCGUAAGGAUUUAAAUUAUAUCAACACCACUACUUUCAGUACUGCUAUUGAAAAGCAUAUAAAUGAAUAUUUUAAGCGAGCUUUUAGAUCAGGGAGACGUAAAGAAUUUAUCAUAUAUCCAUAUGACUCACGCUUAGAUGAUAAAAAAUUUUUAUAUUCGGCUCCAAAAAACAAAUCACAUGUUGACAGUUCCUUGCACAACUAUAUUUUCCAGUCUGAAACAUAUCAGUUACCUAUUUGUAAAGUUAAGGAACUGAUGGAAGAAAAUAGGAAAGUUACUCAGUUUAGUCCAGUUUCCGAUAGUGAAGGGCCAGAGGAAGAAACGGACUUCUCAAAACUCAAACUUCGGAAGCGAAAUAGCUCUAAGAGUGACAUUCUCACAGUUGGGAAAAAGUGGAAGCCAGCUAACUGCUGGGACUAUGACCCGGACCGGCUGAAAGAACUGAUCAAUUUAAUUCAGUGUAAGAAGAAAAAUGUAGGUGGGGAUUCAGAUACAGAAGAUACUAGAAACACAAAUAGUCUGAAAAGGAAGCAUGCAAGUCAUCCUGGAAACAUGAGAAAGCACCGGAAAACCAGUGAUUCAUCUGAAAACAGUCAAUUGUGUGAAGGUUCUCCACCUUCUGUUUUCUCAGUUGUCAGUGGAUUCAGUGGACAGGAUACUGACUUGAGACAGCAAGAAAACUCUGAUCCUGGAAUUACUGACACACGGGCCCUGAUUAAAUUGCUUUUAGAAACUCUAACUAAUUCAAGCAAUUUGGAUCCAACUCUGGCCCAUUCUGUCAACCAAGCCUUAGGAUGCAAUGAAGAAACUAGGGAGGAUUUAAGGCCGAAGCACGACUAUGAAUUAAUUUCUGCACAGAAUAAGGAAGAGUAUGAGCAACCAGGGUGUACAAAAUUAGAAAAUAUGAAUUGUAAAGAUCCCAAGAGCCCUGUUGUUUUGGAAGCUGAUGUCUCAUCUUUAAAGUAUCCCCUUGAUGUUGACCCAAGAGUCUCUUCCAGUGAAGUUGCCUCUGAGCCCAAGCUCCAUCUGAAAGAAGAUCCAAAAAGUAGCAGUGUGAGUACUUUUGAUAAUUACAACCUGGUUACUAUUACACCCAUUGAACAUUGCAACCGUAAACAGCAGUCUAACUCAAAUAAUGCUGUGGAAGGUGGAAUGCAUUGGAAACUAAUUCCAAUUACAGGAGGGAAUGCAAGAAGUCCAGAAGACCAACUUGUGGAACAUGAGGAUAACCAGACACCAGGUAUGAAAUCACCAGAAGAGCAGCUGGUAUGUCUGCCGCCAGAGGAUGCCUUUCCUAAUGAUCCCCGGGUAAUAAGUAGACAGAGGAGUUCUGAUGACCAGUUUCCGUACUCUCCAUUUUCAGACACACUAAAAGGGACAAGAGAAGAUGGAAUGGUAACAAGUCAGGGAAUGAAAAUGGAAGAUCAGUGUUUGCUAGCAAGAGAGAGUCCUUUGGUAGCUACACAUACACUGAGCGCAACCACAGAAAGUACAAUGUUAGAAGAAUAUAAUUUAUUUUCAAAGAAAAUAGAAGAGAUUUUGAAGCAAAAAAACAUUUCCUAUGUCAGUAGAAUUUCCACACCUUCUUUCUCAGCACAAGAAAAGAUGACAAGACUUUCGGCGUAUGUGUGUUCUGAAGCCUCUCAAGUUAGUGUGCAAGAAUUUGUAAAUGGCUUACAUGAAAAACUGAACAUUAUUAUCGCCAAAACAUUAUCCUGUGGUCGACAUUCCCCUCCAAUCAGUCCUAGUCCCGAAGAUAGAAGUACAAAGAUAGGACUGACCCUCCCAACAAGUCAGGUCAUACAGGUUUCAUCUAGUGAUUUCAGCACUGAACUAGGAGCUGAAUCCCAUCACCGUCGUGUGCAGAGAGAGACUGAUUCUCAUGAGCAGCCUUCCUCCACCACCUUAGGUUUAGCUGAAGUAGAACUGGAUCAGGCCCACAGGGUCCCAGAGCUCACACGGACGCCCGAUCACACUUUUUCCAGUGAGGGUGCCCUGGAGCCAGUGGAGAAAGAAAACUCCAGAACACCCAGUGAGCUAAACAUUUCUACCCAGCCAUCGUUGUCCAAUUUUAUAAGCCAGUUAGAGCCAGAAGUGUUUAAUAGCUUGGUGAAAAUCAUGAAAGAUGUCCAGAAAAAUACUGUGAAGUUUUAUAUUCAUGAAGAGGAAGAAAGUAUGCUUUGUAAAGAAAUAAAGGAAUACCUUAUCAAAUUGGGCAACACAGAGUGUCACCCAGAGCAGUUUUUGGGGAAAAGAUCAGCAUUUGAUAAGCUCUUGAUCAUCAUUCAAAAUGAAGAAAUUGCAGGCUUCAUUCACAAGGUUCCUGGCUUAGUGAGUUUGAAGAAGCUCUCCUGUGUUAGUUUUGCUGGUGUUGAUAGCUUAGAUGAUGUGAAAAAUCACACCUACAAUGAAUUGUUUGUUUCUGGAGGCUUUAUUGUGUCCGAUGAAUCUGUUCUAAAUCCAGAAGCUGUCAUAGUUGAGAAGCUCAAGCGUUUCCUGGCCUUUCUGGAAGAACUCAAUACUCCCGAUGGCAAAUGGCAAUGGAAAAUCCAUUGUAAAAUCCAGAAGAAGCUCAAAGAAGUGGGCAGAUUGAGCGCAAAAGCCCUCAAUGUGUUGACGCUUUUGAAUGUCUAUCAGAAAAAGCAUUUGGUUGAAAUUCUGUCGUACCACAACUGUGAUUCUCAAACUCGAAAUGUACCCGAAUUGGAUUGUCUCAUCCGACUUCAGGCUCAGAACGUCCAGCAGCGCCAUGUUGUCUUUUUAACAGAAAAGAAUGUCCGAACGCUUUCCAGUUACACGGAUAACGGAAUUGUGGUUGCAAGCGUGGAAGAUUUCAUGCAAAAUUUCCACAGUCUUGUGGGCUUUCACAAUGCAGUCACAGAAGAAAAGCUUCUCCACCACACUGCCGGUGACCAUCUUGACGGACAGUCAGGAAGUUCGAAUCCCCUGAAGAUCUGGAAGCCCCUCAAUGCAGUUAGUGAUCCUGCGUAACAACAGUUAGUGGUCCUGCCUAAUGACAGAAAAUCAGCUGGUCCUCAUGUGUGAGAAACUCGAGAUCCUUCUCUCCUCUGAAUAUACGGAGACUAACCAAUGUUGUUUCAAAACGGAGACACCCCCAAAUGAACAUGUCUUUAUACCUGGAAGAGAGAUUGAGGCCUCCCUAGUCCAAGACACUCACUAUUGGUCUGUCUCAAUGCAGCCUGGGGUUCCAUUAGUGUUUGGGACUGCCAUGUCACAGGCUGCCGGAGGGAUUCACGUGGAGUCUACUCUGCUCCUUCAGGAGCGUAUUAAUCCGUAUUAUCCAGUGAAUUUGAUGUUCCAAGAGAAAACGUUGCUAAUUAAUUGUACCCCAUAUUUCCCUGAGCUUACAUUGUGAAGUUGAUUUUUUGAGCCCAGACGAAAUACUUGACAUUUGUCCCUGUUCCGUUUCUCCUCCAGAUGUGCCAGAGUUUGUUACUUGGCUUGUCAGAGAGACCGAUUCAAAAGCGAGUUCUCCUACAUGGUAAAGAGGCAGAGGCUUUCAAUUUAGUUAUAAAUAACCUCAAACUCAUUUCAUGAAAAGCAGUCUCUGUUUGGGAAAAUGUCCCCAAAUGAACAGCUCAUUAUCCAAGCCUUGACUGAGACACCGGGGAUAAAUAUUCAGUGUGAUUUACAAGCUAACGCGUUAGGAACAUCGCUGUUUUCUUUGCUGGACCCCUUUCCACUAGGAUUUAUUGAAUUCGAGCUAUUUAGAUUUAGUUUUAAAAUAGCGCCAGUACAAUUUUCUCUUGAAACAUCAAAUUCACUGGAUAAUAUUACAUAUAGGCCAUCAAAUGGAGGCAUCUCCCAGGGCAACAAGCCCUUACGCCUGCCCCAGCUCUACAGACUUAGCCAUUUUUGUUUCCUAGCUCUGUCCUUUUAGCCUCACUCUGUCCAGGGCAUUCUCUCAUUAUCUCCUCAUUUGAAACUUCAGAAGCAAGAUUAUGUUGUGGAAAGAGCAUGGGGCUUCAUGUCGCCGACACUGAUCCUGGCUUGAGCAAGUCGCCACCUCUCCAAGCCUCAGUUUCCUUAUUUGGAAAACGAGGAUAAUACAGGACUUACCUAUCUGGAUUGCUGUAUGGCUCAAGUGAGAUGAUUUGUAUACGGUUCUUUGCAAUCAUUAAAUCACUCUAUAAAAGUGA